CUUAAUUCUGUGUCUUGGCACUGUUCAUGAAGGAGCAAACGGGUCAUCUGGGUCAACACUGGAGUAUUUCUCAUGGCAGCCCCAAGGACCAUCCCAUGGAAAUGGAUUUCUGGAAUCUUAGGAGUAUUGAGUGUUUUGCUGGUUGCUACUGUGGGAAUUCUGCUGAAAAAGUCAUUUCUUCAACUAAAUAUUCAACUAAAUAUUAAGCCAACCAUUUAUCCAGGACUCACCGAAGAACUCCAGAAAGGCUCUGGCUGCUGCUCAUGCCAAGAGAAGUGGAUUGGAUACAAAGGCAACUGUUACUUCAUUUCUGAUGAACUUAAGAUUUGGGUAGAAAAAAAAUAUGGAGAUUUAGUAGGUAGAAAGAAAGAAAAGGACUUGACAGCUAAUGAAACAUGUGAGGUGCAGGAGGUAAAUCAGAGUAAAAGAGUAAAUGUAACAGGGAAUCAUGGAGAGGCAGGAAGGAAUGAGAAAACAGAAAUGCUGGAAGAAUCCAGAGAAAGCAUGGAGAAACUGAAAAAAGCAAAAGAGAAAAAAGUGAAUCAGAAGUCAUUUCAUUCUGAAGAAUACCCAGUGAAUGGCUCUUCCUACAAGGAAACAAACCAAAGAGUUUGGAAUUAUACUUGUUCAAGGAAUUGGCAUCAACAUGGAGAAAACUGCUACCAUUUUUCAAAAACUGCGCUUCCUGGGGAAGAAUGUGAAGCAUACUGCAUGAGUUUAUUUUCAAGAUUUCUUAAAGUAAUUACUGAAGAAGAGAUGGAACUUCCCUCCAUCAACGCUUUUGAAAGGGAACUACAUUACGCUCCCAAGCUGUAG